UAACAGCUGUUUUAUUUUUAUCUGUUCCAAAUUACAAAGGAAAUAAUUAUUCUUCAAAGGACACAAUAUUUUACAACUUACCUUUAUAUCAAAUAUUAUGGCUGAAAACGAGACGCAUAGUAGUGACACUGAGGAAAGCACAGAAGAAGAAAUCGAGCCAAAAUUUAAAUAUCAACGCAUAGCACAUGACUUGAAGGAUAUUUUAAACAAAGAUGUGGUUACAGCUUGUGCUAUUCAUUCCAAGUUUCUUAUCUUUGGCACAUUUUUGGGCAGAGUUUAUCUUUUGGAUCAUCAGGGCAAUACAGUAAAUUCCCAUCUUAGCCAUAGCCAACAGGAGUUCACACAUAAAGUAGCUGUUAAUCAAGUCGAUAUCGAUGCAAAGGGUGAAUAUGUAGCCACAUGUUCGGAUGAUGGAAAAGUAAAUGUUAUUGGACUUUUUAGUAAUGAAAACAAUCAGACAAUAAGUUGUGGUCAUGCAAUACGAGCGGCUGUCUUAGAUCCAGACCCUAAAGUUAGCGAAGGGAAGAGAUUUAUUGUAGGUGACGAUAAGCUUACUUUGUAUGAAAAGAAUUUUUUGAAAAAACUUAAACCCAAUAUACUAUCGUUCGCUGAGGGGCAUGUAAUAUCAGUUUGUUGGAAUGGUCCAUUUGUAGCUUGGGCAAGUUGUUUGGGUGUACGUGUAUAUGAUUUGAAUGAGAAGUGUUCUUUAGGUUUAAUGAAAUGGGAGGAACCUCCCAAUGCUCGUUUGGAAAAUUUUCGCUGUAAUUUCCGUUGGGCUAACUCAAAUACUCUAUUAAUCGGUUGGGUUGACACAAUACGUAUAUGUGUCAUACGUAAACGCAAUGCAGUGGAGGCAACAUUAAAGGCAUUGCCCGGAUUCAUAGUGGAUCCAAUCUCAACAUUUCAAACAGCUUUUUAUAUUAGUGGCAUAGCACCUUUGACAUCUAACCAACUGGUAGUUUUGGGCUACCCAAAAGAAAAAGACUCAAAUCGUAAAGCUUUAAGACCAGUAUUAUCUGUUUUGGAAUACAAGUUAAAUAGCAGUGAAGAACUGUGUACCGAUAGUUUAUCUUUAAGAGGUUAUCAAGAGUACUCCGUUAAUGACUAUAUAUUGGGUUGUCUGAAUGAGGAGAAUCGUUAUUUUAUUAUAGCACCAAAAGACAUUGUUGUAGCUACACUAUUUGAUACUGAGGACCGUGUUCAAUGGCUAAUAGAUCAUAGAAAAUUUGAGGAAGCAAUGGAAAUUUUAUCUCUGCAUGGUGGUAAUAUAUUGCCAGUGGCAAGAUUAUAUAUCAAUCACCUAUUAUCGCAAAAACAAUAUGACACCGCAGGCAAGCUAUGCCUAAGAGUUCUGGGUAAGAACAAAGCCCUAUGGGAAGAGGAAGUAUUCAAAUUUGUCAAACAUAAUCAACUUAGAUCGGUCAGUGCUUAUUUACCCACCUCCGAUGAGUGUAAACUGGAUCCACAUGUCUAUGAAAUGGUGCUGUAUGAAUUUUUAAAAUAUGAUGUCAAAGGAUUUCUAACUCUUAUCAAAGAAUGGCCUUCAAAUUUAUAUGAUUCCUCGGCGGUGAUUAAUGCAAUUCAUGAUAAUUUUCGUAAACAAUAUGGUAAUGAGCUGCUGGAAGCUUUGGCCAUAUUGUAUUCCUAUAAAAAGGAAUAUGAAAGUGCAUUGAGGAUGUAUUUAAAAUUAGAGAAUAAAGAUGUUUUCGAUUUGAUACGACGCUAUGACCUCUAUGGCGUUAUACAUAAAAUGAUUAUGCCAUUAAUACAAGUGGAUCAGGAACGUGCCUUUCAAAUAUUAUUGGAUAAAAAUAAAAUACCACCGGAAAUUGUUGUCAAACAAUUAGAAUCAAAUGAAGAGUAUUUAUAUAUGUAUUUAGAUGCUUUGGAUAAAGUGGAUAGUCGCGGCACGUUCCAUUGGAAAUUGGUGAAUUUAUAUGCCAAAUAUAAUCGUUCUAAACUUUUGCCAUUUCUAAGAAGGUCCAAACAUUAUCCCAUACAAGAAGCCUUGGAUAUUUGUAAGAGCCAAUUGCUGUAUCCCGAAAUGGUUUAUUUAUUGGGACAAAUGGGCAAUAUAGUUGAAGCUCUUAAUAUUAUUAUUCAUAAGAUAGGCGAUAUGAAAAUGGCCAUAGAGUUUUGUAAAGAACAUGAUGACUCUGAUCUCUGGAAUUUAUUAAUAGAUGAGUCUGUGGAUAAUCCAGAUAUUGUAACUAAACUAUUGGAUGGCAUCAUAGGUUAUGUGAAUCCGGAGUUUUUGAUAAAUAAAAUAAAGAUGGGUCAAAUAAUUCCAAAGCUUCGAGAGUCGCUGUAUAAACUAUUAAUGGACUAUCGUUUGCAGGUCAACAUUCAACAGGAUAUUAAUAAAAUUCAAUUAUUGGAUUAUUACGAUACACACGCACAGAUUGUGCGACAACAACACCGUGGCAUGAGUAUUAACUAUGACAGUAUAUGUCCCAAAUGUCGCCGAAAUAUUUUGUGUAAGGGUACCAUACCACGAAGUGCUAUUAUAGCUUUUCAAUGUGGCCAUAUAUAUCAUCAUGACUGUGUACCAGGGCGAUUUAUACAAGAACGAUGUGACGUGUGUACAGUCAACAUAGAGAAUUGUGACUAAGGAUGUUAUCAUCCAACGAUGGACAUUUUUCCAAUGCAAAAGCAACAAAUUUUCUCAGAAAAAUUGUAAUUCUAUUUAAAUUCAAUGAGAAGUCGAAGAAAUUUUCAAGUAAAA